AUGAACUUGGAUUCUAGUGUCACAUACUGCACACCCACCCGUGUUGCCUGUUGCACUAGCAGAAAGGGAGACAUUUCUCUUAUCCAUCUCGAUAAGGCGGCAGUCACAAGCACCCUCUCCACUCCUCGGCUGCAGCUAUCUGCUGUGGCUUUCAGCUCAGAUGGAAGCGGACUGGCAGUUUCCUCCUUAUCAGGUCACAUGCUGGUAGGAAAAGUGGAUCAGACAGAGAAUAAUGAACAGUUGCCUCGGUUUAGCUUCAUUAAAAGGCAACGAUUGCAGGAUGGAAUCGCGCUCUGCCUUGACUGGCACUGUGCCGGUGAAUGUAUCGCGACUGGCGGCCUAGACAGUUUCGUGCGCACUUUCGCGCUGGAAAAGUCCCUGACGGGAAGUGAGGAGAGACGAUUUGAAAGUCACAAAGCGCCUGUUAUGGGGACAACCUUCUUUGUGGAUGGUUUCACCUUUGCUUCUUGCGAUUCUGACGGAGUGGUACUGAAGUGGGACCUUCGGAAUAGCAGCCAGGUGGUCCAACUAAUUGGAGAAAUGCUGUAUGGACAUGGAAGAAAUUGCAUCCGUUAUUCACCUGAGGGAAAUCAUCUACUGACAGGAAACACAGAUGGGAGUUUGACCCUUUUUAACCUAAUUACCAAUAAGGUAGAAUUCUACAAACACAUUUCAAAGAAUGUGGCCGAAAUGCCUGAUAUUGCUAACGGAGACCUCGAGACGAAAGUAAUUGUUGAAGAUUGA